AUGGUUCGCAUACUCUCAACGGAAUCUUCUUCUUCCUUCUACGUCCAGCUGUAUCAGAUUGUGGAUGAUCAUUCAUCGGAUCAGAUCAUCUCGUGGAGCAAAACAAACAACAACAGUUUCAUCGUUUGGGACAUGAAAAGGCUUCGCAGAGACAUCCUUCUGAAAUCAUUUUCUGGAGUAUUAUUGGGCAGAAACUUAACAGAGUUUGUCGCAAAACUUCGUUCUAAUGGCUUCAAAACUGUCGUAAAAGGUCCCCUGGGGAAUUGGAGUUCUCACAUGAUGAUUUCGCGAGAGGCCCUUUGA